CCUUUGUGAUACAGGUGGGCAUCGCCCCGACUUGCCGUGCCUCCAGCGACUUGCCGUGCCUCCAGCGUGCAGACUUUGAUUCUCUCUCCAAGGAUGAUGUCUAUGAGAAUAACCGAUUGGCCUUUGAAUUGGCAGAGCGGGAGCUGGGCAUCCCAGCCCUGCUAGAUCCCAAUGACAUGGUCUCCAUGAAAGUCCCUGACUGCCUCAGCAUCAUGACUUACGUGUCUCAGUAUUACAACCAUUUCAACAACCCCAGCCAAGCCAGAGUCCCUCCGCCUAUGAAGCGCCCAGCUGCUGCCUCCUCGCCUCCUCUGCUGUCCAACAAGAAGCCCGUGGCUGCUGUCGAGAGUUCCCUGGCACCACAGGACGAUGUCCCCUCGGACCCGUCGGAGCAGUCCCAGCGCACCACGCUCAGCAGUACCUGUGCGGCCUGCCAGCAGCACGUCCACCUGUGUAAGGAGUGCUCCAGCACACUGCUUCCAGGAUCGUACAAGCCCGGGUCAGAGGCAGGGACUUUUGUCUGCACGCAGCAUCGUGGUAAAUUGGCCAUGAGUGGGAAGGCAGAGAGGAGGCCCAGCCCAGACCGACAGUCGCCAGAGCUAAGAACUGAAACUGGGGAUGGCAGCGUGGGUGAGGAUGCCCUCCCUAUGGGAGCAGAGGUGGGGAAGGACAACAGCAACUCCCUGGAGAGCAUGGCAGAGACCCAGACGCCUGCAGAGGGUUUAUCUGGCCCAGUGGAGAAGGACAGCACGCCCAGCAAAGCAGAAACAGCGAUGCCCCCUGCUCACGCAGGCAGCGGGGUGCCUGUGUCCCAAACUCCCCCCAGGCCUCCCCUUCCCAGCAAGCCCACAGUGCUCACCCAGGACAAAGCCAGCUCGCUGGAUGGACGGCUCAGAGACAUGCGGCCCACCCCCGCCCCAAGGAGGACCACCGAUGUGUCAGCCCUCUCCCCUCCCACCUCUCACCCCGUCCCCCGGCCCAGGUCCACUCUUCAGGGUGAGGGCAGUGAGUGUGGGCCUGGCAUGGUGAACGGUAGGGUACCUGAACCCAGCCCCCCUGUCCCAAAACCCCGAGGGAGACCCUGCUCCUCUGAUCGUGCUGGAGCUGCUGUGAGAGCCAAGGACCCGCCAUGGAUGGCCUUAGUGCAAGCAGAGCCCAAGAAGAAGCCAGCUCCACCGCCUCCCCCAGGCAACAGCCAUGAGACUCCAAGUAGGACUUCAGAGGAUGAGGAUGGGGAGGAGAUGGGGAAAGCCAGGAGCGAGGAGAGCAGGUCUGAUGCCACAGAGCCCAAACCAUACAACCCCUUUGAGGAGGAGGACAAUGAGGAAGAGGAAAGUGCUGCCACCCAAAAGAGCACACCUGAGCAAGAGCAGAGUGAGACUGCCACCAAGCCUCUCCACCCCUGGUACGGCAUCACUCCCACCAGCAGCCCAAAGACGAAGAAGCGGCCAGCUCCGCGAGCCCCCAGUGCUUCCCCACUAGCCCACCACCCCAUCUCCAGGCUGUCACACUCCGAGCCGUCAUCCUCCACCCCAUCUCCAGCCCUCAGCCUCGAAAGCAUCAACUCUGAGAGUUCAGCCAAGGUGCUGGGUGACACCGAUGAGGCCUCGGUGCCCAAAAGCUCCUCUGAGCCCACUGUCCACACGCCGACAGCCACCAAGACCUCUAGCACUGACACGCCACUGGCCAGUGUCUCCUCCAGCGAAAGCCCUGCUGCCCCAGCCAGCCUCUCCACCAACUCCUCCUUCUCUUCCUCCAGCGAGCUGGCCAGCUUCAGUGGGGAGGCGCAGCCCAGCACCCCGCAUGCCAGCAGGAGCAUCUCCACCGGCAGCUUAAAGACCAGCCCCAGCCGGCUGCCCCCCAAGCCUCCUGCUGGGCCUAGCCCUACACCCAUACUCUUGGCUUCAGAUGGGGAUGCUGGGAGCCCUAAGACACCCUCCUCGCCCAAGCCACAGCUGAAGUCUUCCUGCAAAGAGAACCCCUUCAACCGGAAGCCGUCACCUGCUGCCUCCCCCUCUGCAAAGAAACCUCCCAAGGGCUCCAAGCCAGUGCGUCCUCCUGCACCAGGUCACGGCUUCCCACUGAUCAAACGCAAGGUGCAGACAGAUCAGUACAUCCCCGAGGAAGACAUCUAUGGGGAGAUGGAUGCCAUUGAGCACCAGCUGGACCAACUGGAGCACCGUGGGGUGGCCUUGGAGGAAAAACUUCGCAGUGCUGAGAAUGACAGCCCUGAGGACAGCCUGCUGGUGGACUGGUUCAAACUCAUCCAUGAGAAGCAUAUGCUGGUGCGCCACGAAUCAGAGCUCAUCUACAUCUUCAAGCAGCAGAACCUGGAGCAGCGGCAGUCGGAUGUGGAGUAUGAACUGCGUUGCCUCCUCAACAAGCCAGAGAAGGACUGGACCGACGAGGACCGAGGGAGGGAGAAGGUGCUGAUGCAGGAGCUGGUGACCAUCAUUGAGCAGAGGAAUGCCAUUGUGAACUGCCUGGACGAGGACCGGCAGAGAGAAGAGGAGGAGGAUAAAAUGUUGGAAGCCAUGAUUAAAAGGAAAGAAUUCCACAAGGAGACGGAGACGGAGAGCAAGAAGAAAGGCAAAUUCAAGCCCAUGAAGGUGCUUAAGCUGCUGGGCAACAAGCACGAUUCCAAGAGCAAGUCAACCAAGGAGAAAAGCUAGAGCAGGGGAACACCAGCAGUGGGAGGGAUGUGCUACCCAACUGCCCUGGCCUCCCUGCAGCUGGCUGGGAUGCCUGCCAGGAAGGGGGGCUUGCCUCCCUCCAUUCCCUUUGCCUCUCCCCCACUCCCUCCCCAGCCACUGGAGCUGCUGCCCCAGGGAGAUGCCAGCCCUCUGCCCAAAGUGGGGGAGUCUGACCAAAGCACUCCCCUGCCCAAGGCUGCGGAGGAGCCU